UUCGAGUUGCCGCGACGUUUCGCCCUAUUUCGACAGAGUAGGGAUGUAAACACAUGUUCCUUCUAACUUAAUCAGAAUUGAUAACAUAGUCUUAAGGGCUUUGAGAGUUUUGGAUCGGGGGAGAAUUUAAAGUUAUUGUGAACUGUCGAAAAGCACCAGUUUUGAGGACCUACAACUCUACAUUUCUCUUACACUCUAUAUUGAUUUGCUAUUAAGAAAUGAAUUCUUAGAUUUCAAUGAAAUCGUGCGGAAUGCAGUAAGCAUUUCAUCCUUGUGUAAAUUUCUUCUCUAAAAUUAGAAUUUUAUCAAGUUGGAUUUUUGAAAAUACUUUGAAUUCAGCAUAACAGCAAAAUUCAUUUGCUUCUAAGUUCUAAUAGAGUGGCUUUGGGUAUUUUGGAUGCAAUGGCCAUCAUCGAGAAACCUACUAAAUGUAUUAUUGGACUUGCCUUGUAAUUUUUAGCUAAUUUUAUCGCACUUUAUUUUAGACCAUAACAGCUAGUCGACCAGAGCAUUAGGUACAACAUCAAAGUUUUGAACUUCAACAAGGCUGCUUUUUCUUCGGACAAUUAAUACUAACUUCUCCUUUUUAUUACUUUCUCAAGCGUAAUGCCUGAAAGGAUCCUUUGGAACGUGUGAUAUAUUUCAUUCUCUCCCAAGGAAUGCAACAUAGUGUACUGAAGCAGCCCAAAAGUUUCAUUCGGGAUGAAAAUCAUUCUGAAUUGAGGAUGACACUACUAUGAUGAGUCGGACGGAGGAUCAUAUUAGAUGGGGAGGUCUGCUGCAGAUAGAAUUCGCAAUUUGCUUCGCAAUGUUGUUGAGCAGAUUCUAGGAUCCUUGGCUUUGCAUGACACAAUAAGAACAAGUAUUUUGUCAAGGGAAUGGAGAUUUUGCCGCCAGGUCCCUGACUUUGAGAUUCUAUCUGAUAUGGUGAAGCCACAAGGAACACAAGCGCCUUAUUUAGUGAUCACGCCCAUUCCGAGGAAACCACAAGCAGUGGCUCCUCCAACGUCAAGAAAAUGCCAUUGAAUGGGCUGCUCCUCUUUUCAUCUUUUUCACUAUUAACAUUUCUAACAUUAUUACAGUCAACUACAAAAUCAGAUUUUUUGUAUUUGUAUACAUUGUCUGAAUCAUGACUCACUUUUGUUUUAAUUUUCAAGUCCUCUAAUCUAAUUUUAUGUUCUACUAAUCAACAACAUUAGGAGUGGAAGUUACCAAAUUAUUCAUGACAUUGGCGCCACAAUUACCAGACCUUGAGACUCUGGUGAAGGGAACCCUUGUAGUCAUUUACAGACUCCAUGGGAAACUCGUGAUUAGAUUUCUCCGGCGACACAUUCAGGUCAGCAUCGUGAGGUGGGAAGACAUCAUUAAUGGAUAAGUCAAUGUCUAUUACGAGGUAAUCAAGCAUGAUUCCGUCUCUGUGUGCAGCAGAUUCCACGUUGUCGUCAUUGUUGAUUCUGUUGUCCAGAGGUUGAAUUGGGACACCAGAGAGUGGUCUUCUGAUGGCGGAUGUGAAUUCACAAUCAGAUCAGUAAAACUUCCCGGAAAUAGAUCCAAAUAUACGCAAAUAAGAUUUAUCACUCUAACUAGAGAAGAGAUUGGGUUUUUAUGUUAGAAAUUAAGUACACUCCAAUUUAAUUGCUUUCCAAAGAUGCUCUUAGAAGUUGUUUGGUUCAUGAGAUUAAGAUAUCUCAUCUGUUAUUUAAUCUAUACUAACAAAUUCUAAAAACAAUACCUUUGCAGAAGCAUAACAACAAAGCUUAAAAUAUGUAUUCAACAAUAGAAAUUAAUAACAUAAACAGAAGCUAAUGGCUUUAAAAACAUAUCAAGAUUUGUAACUUUUUGGAAAAGUUACAACUCUUUGAAAAGGUCACAGCCUUUUAUAAAAGUCGCAAUUAUUCAUAAAAGUCAUAACUCUUCAUAAAAAACUCAACUUUUCAUAAAAGACACAACUUUUCAUAAAAGUCGCAACUUUUCAUAAGAGUCGCAACAGUUCGUAAAAAACUCAACUUUUCAUAAAAGUCGCAACUUUUCAUUAGAGUCGCAACACUUCAUAUUUCAUUCACACCUUUUAAAAUCCAACAAUCCCACUAUAUAACAGAUCUAAACCCCACCUACCCCAACACAAUACCCUCUCUUCUCUGUGAGUAACAACAUCUCAUUUGAAUAUACAAUUUAAUUCAAUUUGUUGCAAGAAAGUUUUACUGAACUGAUGGAGAAUUCAGAUAAACCAUUGGAAAAUGACUCUUCGGGUGUCCCAGUUCCACCUCCAGACGAUGGAAUCAAUAAUGACAGCAACAUGGAAUCUGCUGGACAAAAAGACGAAGUCAUGCUUGAUGAUGUCGAAACAGAGAUUGACUUAUCCAUCGAUGAUGUCUUCCCACCUCCUGAUGUUGAAUACCUGAAUGAAUCGCCAGAGUCAUCUAAUCGCAAGGCUUCCAUGGAGUCUGGAAACGGUUAUUCAAUAAAUUUGAACUACCCUUCAUUAGAGUAUCAUCAACAUUAUGGCAAUUGUGGCAUGAAUAAUUUGGUAAAUUCCUCUCCUAAUGUUGUGAAUAAUUCAGUGAAAUGUGGGGUAGUAGCUGAACAGGAAAUUAGAUUAAAGGACUUGAAGAGAAAAAAAGUGAGUGAUGAUUCAAACAAUGCAUUCAAACACGAAAAAUCUGAGUUUGUGGUUGACGGUAGCAAUAUUAGAAAUCUUAGUAGUGAAAAAGAUGAAAAGAAGAAAUCAAAAUUGGAGAGAGACAGGGUAAAUUCUCGGGCAUAUAGGAAUAGGAGAAAACAUUACGUUGAGAAGUUAGAGGAUGAUGUGAGGACAAUGCAAUCAACAAUCCAAGAGUUGAGUCGUAUGAUAUCACAUUUAACGUUGGAGAAUGCGACUUUAAAGACACAGAUGGGCAGCACCUCCCAGAUACCACCACCCCACGGGAUGAAUCCACAUCAUACAAUCAGGUCUCCUUGGAUGUUUGAUGCUCCGCCUUAUAUGGCGAGGCCACAAGGAUCACAAGCGCCUCAUAUAGUGAUCAAGCCCAUUCCGAGGAAACCACAAGCAGUGGCUCCUCCAACAUCAAGGGAAACGCCUGCUGCUGGGGCUGGUUCUCAUAAAAGUGCUUACUUUGCUCCGAUCAUGACAGGUGGUGCUUCAACGAGUAGAAGUGGUGAGGGAACUGAGAUGAGAAGAAGAAAUGACGAAAACUCUGUUAGGGUCACCAACAUUUCUGAGAACACUCGUGAGGCUGAUUUGUUGGAGCUGUUCUGUCCCUUUGGUCAUGUCAACGGAGUGUAUGUUGCGAUUGAUCAAAAUACAGGAAUGAGCAGAGGAUUUGGUUUUGUCAACUUUGUGAACAGAGAAGACGCUGAGAGGGCCAUAAACAAGCUCAAUGGUCAUUCUUAUCACAAUCUCAUACUUAGAGUUGAAUGGGCUGCUCCAAGUGUCUUCUUUCCAUGACCAACACCAUCCUUAUUUUUUCCGUGUCGUUCUCUUCAACAUUGUAUUUUUUCUAAGUUGUUAUUGAAUGAACAAUUUUGCUUGUGAACAA